GAUAAAAGUUAGACGUGUAUUUUUUUCACAUUAGUAGAAAAGGUGCUAAUUGAUAAAUAAUGUCGUCGCAUUGAUUGAUCAAUAAAAGCUUUUAAAUAUAGAAAUCGAUAAUUGUAGAAAAGAGCAAUGUUGGGUACAUUUUCGACAGCAACGAAAUAUUUUCAUCUCAAGAAUAAGACAGUUUCGAUCGAUAAUGCUGCCUUUAAAUGUCAUUAUCGGGUGACAUUUUUAAUUUUAAUUAUCGCGACGAUUCUUGUCACUUCGAGACAAUACAUUGGCGAACACAUAAAAUGUAUCACGGGAUCAAGUGCUGUGCCCGAACAUGUGAUGAACACAUUUUGCUUCUUCACAACAACUUUUACAAUUGUGAGACAUUUGAACGAAUCGAUGCUCCAAUCUCGCGUUAUUCCUCAUCCGGGAAUUGGGCCAAUGUAUGAAGAAGAUCCCGUCACGCAUCAUGCAUACUAUCAAUGGGUGCCAUUUGUGCUUUUUGGACAAUGUCUCAUGUUUUAUUGCACACAUUUGUUAUGGAAGAAAAUCGAAGGAGGAAAACUAAAGGCGUUAGUUGAUGGUUUGCAUAUGAUUGCUUUAUCGAAAUAUGUUGAAAAAGAUGAUAUUGUUCUAAGUGGCUUGAAAAUCCCGUCACAAGCAACUGUAAACACAAAAAUACAACUGAUCAAAAGAGCUUUUUACUCACAUGUUAAAGCUAAUCCGCAUUGGGGAUAUUUCUUGACAACUUGUGAAAUUCUCAACUUGUUACAUGUCAUUUUACAAAUUUACAUCACAGAUCUAUUUUUGGGCGGAAAAUUCCUAACAUUAGGAUUCGAUUUUAUUCAAGACGAUUUUACGAAAGAAAUGGAUGUACUUGAUGUUGUAUUUCCAAAAGUUACCAAAUGUCACUUUUACAAAUAUGGCGCUUCAGGAUCGAUUCAAAAACAUGAUGCGUUGUGUGUAAUGGCAUUAAAUGUGAUAAACGAAAAAGUUUACAUUUUCCUUUGGUUUUGGUUUAUGAUUUUAUUGUGUAUUUCAUUUUUGGCAAUUAUUUGGCGUUUCAUUACAAUUUUUUAUCAUGCAACUUCGAACAGAUUCAAUCGAUUCGUGUUCUCAACAAUCGAUAAAAACUUCAAUCCAUGGGACGUUCUUGUCGUUACUCGUCAAUAUAGUUUAUCGGAUUGGUUGUUCCUUUAUUACAUAGGAGCUAACCUUGAGCCGUAUGUUUUCAGAAAAGUCUUUUUGGAAAUUGCCGACGAGAUUCGAACGCCAAUGAAUACGACAAGCGAAGAAGAUGAAGAUAUUGAGUUAGAAGAUGUCAAAAAAUCGCCUUAUGCUCCAUUACAACAAAAUCUUUUAGACUUUGACAAUGAAAGUUCAAAGAAAAUAACGCUUGAUACAGUAGAUAAUGGCGAAUAUUCAGAUGCGGAUUCGGAAACAAAAUUAUCAAAACCAACAGGAAAACGAGUCGGAUGGAAAGAUGAUUAAAAAUUAAGUUUUCAACAACUUUUAUUCAUGAAAAGUUCGUUUUACAUUAAAAAAAAGUGACAAAAAUUGAAACAUAUGUUUGAAAAAUUCCCUUUAAAAUGUCAAAAAACACAAAAAAAAUGGUAACAGGUGUCUUUCAACAAACAAAAAGAUCCAAUUAAUCAUCAACAAAAACGGUUAGUGUCUCAAAAAAAUUCGUUGAAAUCAGCUUGAUGUCUCCUUCCAUACACAUAUUAUUUACAUAUCAGCUCCCGUUUCUUUUGUUCACGACGUUUCGAUUUCGUUGCCGCCAUUAUUUGUCUUCUUGUCUCAUUCCAAGAUAGAUACACUUUCUGACAUCUCUGAGACACACAACGAACACGCAGAAAGAAGAUAAAUGACUCAUCUCUCAAAAUGGCAAUAAAACUUAGCGCUUGCAUAGGACAACAUGAGACAUCACACAUUUAUGUCAUCUAUCUUGUGUCGUUGUUGUUGUUUUACACAAGAGCCAUAGCGCGACGCGACGCAGGUUUAUUACCUUUUCCAUUUCA